AUGGACGGACAUGUGACCCGUACGAUUCUCAUUACUAAUUUUUCGAAAAACAUUUCGCACAGCGACCUACUGCGGACUUGCAAGACAUACGGAGAGGUAAAAGAGCACUUUAUAAUGAACAACAAACACUCCGUCUUUUUCGUAUGUUUCUACGACCUGCGGUCAGCACAAAAGGCAUACAGCUCAUUGGUAGAUGAUAAAAAUAAAUUCACAGUGAAGUACGCAAUAUCGCUCAAAGAGAUCCCAAAGGGCAGCGACAGCUGCUCAGAGGAUAAGAACCAAGGGUCUGUCACGUACACGGCCUCAGAAGAGAUAAAAGCAGAAAAUGAGAACGAAGUUUCUGAUGUCGUAAAAAAAGGGAAAGAAAUAACGGCUAAGUUCUACGACUCACGCGAGGCACUGAAGUACUUGGAGGCAAUAAAGGCAUCCCAUCCCAGAGCAUCCCCAAAAAUAGUCUGGGACAACGAUCUGAGAAAAAGAAUCACUCUCCUGAAAGCAGCUGAAGAAAUAGUAAAGAACGCCCCACAAGGAUUCUUCAAGGGAAUAGUAGACGACGAAAAGCCGCAGAAAAGACACAUCAAUCCUGUGGUAGAUACAGAGGCAAAAAAGAAGGUGAAAAUAUCCACUAACUGGAUGAUUGCUGAGUUUGACAAAUUUAUAAUGGACAACGCUGAUGAAAUAGCAGCAGAACUGAACUAA